CUAUCUCGAUGCAACGAGACUGGACCUUCGCCAUGGCACAAGACCUUGACGAUGAGCGACCCUGUCGUUGGGUCACUACCUCUAUGCUAUGUUCUGGUGUUGGCCGCCACACUAGAAAGGGAUGGGCCAACGGUGCUCUACUACCUAUCGACGUUGGGUCGGAAGCCAAGGGAGGAUAAAAGCUUCUUCAUAUCCUCUUCCGAGAAGCUAGCUCCGAAGUUUGCAUCACCAACUGCGCCGCCAGACAAGCGAGCUGCUCCCAACAUCACUCCCUCACUUUGCCUGGUCUAGCCUGCGACUAGUUCGAACACUCCCCCACCAUGAUGCUGUUCAUCAAGACAGCCGCACUGGUUGCCGUUUCCUUCUGUUCAUUCCUUGUGGAUGCUGCGCCUGCGCCGGUCGGGAGCAGCUUGACUGGUCGUGACAGUGGCGUGAAUACCACGGCAGCAGCUACUGGCUAUAAGAACGUUGUGUAUUUUACCAACUGGGGCAUCUACGGCCGCAACUACCACCCCGCCGACCUUCCCGCCGACAAAAUCACACACGUCCUCUACUCCUUCGCGAACCUUCGCAGCGAUGGAACUGUCUUCUCCUCAGACACAUGGGCCGAUACAGAUAUGCACUAUCCCGGUGACUCCUGGAACGACAUCGGCACCAACGUCUACGGCUCCAUCAAACAACUCUUCCUCCUCAAAAAAGCCCACCGCCACCUCCGCGUCCUCCUCUCCAUCGGCGGCUGGACCUACUCCCAAACCUCCCCCAGCAACUUCGCCCUCGCAGCCUCCACCCCUUCCUCCCGCACACAGUUCGCCCUCUCGGCUUUGGGGUUGAUGAAAGACUGGGGAUUCGACGGCCUCGACAUCGACUGGGAGUACCCCGCCUCCGACACAGAAGCACAAAACUUCCUCCUCUUGCUGAAAGAAAUCCGUUCCCAACUCGACAAGUACGCUGCUGAGCAGGCAGCGGGGUACAAGUUCUUGUUGACCAUCGCUGCCCCCGCUGGGCCGGAGCGGUACGGGGUGUUGCAGCCUUACUUGAAGGAGAUGGGGGAGACGCUGGAUUUUAUGAACCUCAUGGCGUAUGACUUCUCGGGGUCGUGGGAUACGAAGAGUGGGCAUCAGGCGAAUUUGUUUCCUAACCCUCAAAACCCGGACUCGACGCCGUUCUCGGCGGAUAGGGCGGUGACGGAUUAUGUUAACUUUGGCAUGCCGAGCGAAAAGAUCGUCCUGGGUAUGCCACUCUACGGUCGCGCUUUUGAGUCCACUGCCGGACCGGGACAACCGUUUAGCGGAGUAGGAGCCGGGUCGUGGGAAGCGGGGAUAUGGGAUUACAAGGUUCUGCCGAAGCAAGGGGCGCAGGUGUAUCUGGAUGAGACGGUGGGGGCAAGCUGGAGUUAUGAUGAGCAGACUAAAGAGAUGGUGAGUUUUGAUACGGGGGAGAUGGUUGCAAGGAAGGUGAACUACGUAAAGGAGAGGGGGUUGGGGGGAAGUAUGUUUUGGGAGGCGUCGGGGGAUCGGAAGGGGGAUGGAGAUGGGGAGAGUUUGAUAAGUGUUGCUAGGGAGGGACUAUCAGGCGGAGGGGGAGGGGGGAUGGAUGAGGGGGAGAACUUGUUGGAGUAUCCUGGGAGUGUUUAUGAGAAUAUGAGGGGGGGGAUGCCGUCUUAGAGGGGAGUGGAAGUUGGGAGUUGGGAGUUGGGGAGUUGGGGCUGGAAGGGGAGAUAUCACCACGUCAUGUCAUUUACUGUCGUAGUAGGGAAUCAACAGACCCUUGUCAUCUUCUUAUCUACUACCUGUACGUAAGGUAUUGUACUUGAGCCUAUUUCCCGAUUCUUUAUUUUCUCGUUUCAGAUCAUCCCAUACCCGAUGUACAUAGGAAACAACUUCUAUCACAUAGUCUUUCCUCCUUUUCAUUCAGAGCUCCCACUUCCUGUAGGGGUAACAUACACUCCUUAUCAUACAUACCUACAGAGAAACAGUCCGG